AUGCCCUCAAUUCUACUUUUAUUCAUUCUAAUAUUUGGUCGUGCUUCGAGUUGUCACUCAUUCGGCGGAGGUGCAACUUAUUCAGGAGCUGGACGAGCCCGAGCUCGCGGUGUUACAUCAAUGGAUCGCAACCCGAUCGAUCUCGAUUAUUCCAUGGAUGAGAGAUGCGUCAAUGUCAGACCAUAUUCGCCGACCGAGCUCAAAUCGUCGGCGUCUCUGCUCCCGCUGCCCGACGUCGUCCAGCUCGCCGUGAAAGACGGCGGCCGAAUAACGUGCGGGUUCGACGAUGAGAUGGAGUAUUGUAGUUGGCACAACGCCGCCGACACGUUGCUCAAAUUCUGGCUCGCAAAAUUCGAUCAGUUUUUCGAUUUGGAUCGAUUCGAUUGCAUCAAUUCGCGACGGUUCGCGUUCGAGAAGAAUUUCCUGUUGGCUGGUGGUGAGCCGCUCAUCGCGCAACAAACGGUCGCACUAGAAACCGAGGUUCCCUGCCAGUUUGGAGACGCGAAAGUGCGAUUCGAUGUGUGGGCGAGUUCAGACAAGCCAAUUCUUCGAUAUUGCAUCACGAAAACCAUCGAAGGCGAAAUAAAUUGCGAGGACAUUCUCCCAAUGCCGAAUCCUGUGCAAUUCACGGUUCCGAUGACAUCGCAGCCGAUCAAAAUCCGAAUCGAAAUCGUCAAUGUCCAACCGGAGGACAUCGUUUUGAUCGACAAUUUGUACUAUGACGGGCAAGUGUGCGAGCUUGUCGAUGAUGACGAAGAGGAGGCAACGACGACGACAACCACUACCACCACAUCACCGAGCUUGAUAACCGCUGCCGAUAGCGAAGUUGCGAAAUUUUUCGAGGACACUGAAAAACCGUCAAUUUAUGGCAUUAAAAGCACAGAAUCCCUUGUUCCGCUUGAUUCUUCAUCGGUAUCAUUCAAUGAGCUCACUCCAUGCUCAGCACUUCGUUGCACGUUCAAUGAUGGCGAUUCGUGCUUUUACGGGCUCAGCGGCAUCGGAAGCACACAGCCAUGGCUUCUAAGCGACAAACUUGUAGGUAAUAGGCACACGGGAAUUCAAAGAAUUAAUGUAGAGGAUCAAGACAAAGUGGGAUUUGUCUAUGUUGGAGAUGACGUCGCCAAUAACGCAGAAAACAUUUUUGUCAUGGAAUCGCCGAAAUUUACGCUGAAUUCUGACGCUGUAUUAAUAUUUGACGUCUACCUGCGCUCUAUUUCACCAAGAUUAAAAGUUUGCAUCGAUUCGUUCGACGAUUGCCCAUAUUCGUCGCCUGCUCUCGAAAAACACGAAUAUUGGCAUUUUUCGCAUAAAGUGCCAUUAAAAACUGGCGCCAGCAAGGUGUUUUUUGUGGCGACAAAUGUCAAAAAGCACCAAUUUUUAGCAGUGGACAACAUUCGCCUCGAAAAUCCCGACGGAACUUCAUACUGUACCUCAUAA